AUGGCUCACCUUCUAGACAGCAUACUCACUGUGACCAAGGUGUUUCAAAACUAUGCCAAAGAGAAUGGGGACUGUACUUCACUGUGCAAGAAGGAGUUGAAGCACCUGCUCUUGACUGAAUUCGGAGACAUCCUCCGGAGACCAGAAGACCCAGAGACUGUGGAAAUCAUUAUGGACCUCUUAGACAGAGACAGAAAUGGAUACGUUGAUUUUCAAGAGUAUCUUUUAUUGGUGUUCCGAUUGGUUCAAGCUUGCCAUCUUAAGCUGGAUAAGUCAUAUGGACAUAAAAGCUCCCAGCAAGAAACAGAGCAGGAAGGAACACAAAAUGAUAAGUUUCCAGGAAACCACACAGGCAAACCACAUAGGCAGAGUCAUGAAGGAGAAAGGCAUAACUCGCACCACAGUCACUCUGAGAGACAAAGUAAGGAUGCUCAGCAUGAUCAGUCUGAGAGACAAGGCAAAGACUCCCACCAUGGCCAGUCUGAGAGACAAAGUAGGGAUUCCCACCAUGGUCAGUUACAGAGACAUGAUACAGACUCUCACUGUAGCCAGUCUGAGGAAGAAAAUGAGAAUUACAGCUCUGAUAAGCAUAAGAGACAAGAUCAAGACUCUAGCUCUGAUCAAAGACUGAAUCAAAACUCUAGCAGUGGCCAGCCUAAAGGGCCAGGAUAUACAUUUUCCCUAAAUCAAUCAGAGAAACUAGCUCAGGAUUCUCAUCAUGGUCAUUCUGAAAGGGUUAAACAACAACCAAAACGUAGCCAGUCUGGAACACUCAGACAAGAUUCUCAUUCUAGUCAGACCAGUCAACAAGAAUCUGGGAAGCUGGGUCAAGAAUCAGGCUGUGGUCAGGCAGACAGUCAGAGGCAGAGUUCUCACCAUGGUCAUGUAGACAGACAAGGACAGAGCUCUCACCACGGUCAGGCCGACAGACAAGAACAGAGUUCUCACCACGGUCAGGCAGACAGACAAGGACAGAGCUCUCACCACGGUCAGGCCGACAGACAAGGACAGAGCUCUCACCACGGUCAGGCAGACAGACAAGGACAGAGCUCUCACCACGGUCAGGCAGACAGACAAGGACAGAGCUCUCACCACGGUCAGGCAGACAGACAAGGACAGAGCUCUCACCACGGUCAGGCAGACAGACAAGGACAGAGCUCUCACCACGGUCAGGCAGACAGACAAGGACAGAGCUCUCACCACGGUCAGGCCGACAGACAAGGACAGAGCUCUCACCACGGUCAGGCCGACAGACAAGGACAGAGCUCUCACCACGGUCAGGCAGACAGACAAGGACAGAGCUCUCACCACGGUCAGGCAGACAGACAAGGACAGAGCUCUCACCACGGUCAGGCCAACAGACAAGAACAGAGUUCUCACCAUGGUCAGGCAGACAGUCAGAGUAGUCACAGUCAUCAAGAUCAGGAAAGUCCAUGUGAGGUACAUGGCAAGCAAAGCCAUCAGACAAGGGAUAGCCAAACCCAUGAGGAUAAACAGAACCUCCAAAAACAUGACAGGCAAACUCGUGAAGAGGGGCAACAACAGCACAGACAAACCUAUGAGGAUAAGCAGAACCAUCAAAAACAAGACAAGCAUCUCUAUGGAGGUGAACAGAAACACCAAAGACAAAACAAGAAGACCCACAAAGAGGAACAAAAUCGUCUACAACAGGAUAGACAAAACCAGAAAGAGAAAGAAAGAUCUCACGAGUCAAAAGAUCAACAAUCCCAAGGAUCUCAGCAAGGCUAUGGUAACAGGGGAAAAAUUCACAUGAAUGAAGAUAACCAGGGCCAAAGUUCACAGGGAAAAGACUUCCAUCCAACCCAAAGUGGUGGGAGGCCCCAAGGAAGAGAACAGGGUAGAGGUCAUCCUACCAAGGCAGGCAGUACUCCCAACCCCUUCUAUGAAUAUGUACAAGAACAGAGAUCAUAUCAGAACUAA